UAUAUACAUAUGAAUGCUCUCCACACUUGUGAGAAACAUGACCCAUUAGUUUGUAAUACAUAUCCCCCAUUGCCGCAAAAAUAUCUAAUUACAUUUCCUAAUCGGGAACAACAAUAAACAAAGCCAAUUCAAUUCCGAUGAACCUUUAUCUAUUACUAUAUAUAUAGAGUAUUAUCUAAAUUUUUAUAGUGGAACCACCUCUAGUUAAGGCCCAACUGCAAUGUCUAAUUAUAAUAUCCACCCUCAAACCAGUCUUGAAUAUUGGUACCCUAGUAAAUAUGAAGUAUCAAGCAGUCAUUUAUUAAUACCCCGAGAUGUACUUUUACAGAAGUAUUUAAAGAUGGAUGAUAUACCUAAGGAAAGAGCUCCAAUUGUGCUUGAUAAACCAUUAGUAACUAGUGGCAAUAGUUCUAAAUCAAUUCAUGACCCUUUACUGGAUUUGUUAUUUGAACAAGCAGCUAUAGUUAAUAACUAUAAGCUUGCGUAUCCAACUAAAAUCACUAAGAAAUCUACCAAACAAGUCAAAAUAGGCCAUAGUACAAUAAGUACUACCACCACCAAGAAGGAACGAGGAGUUAAAAGAGUCAGAAACCAAGACAAAAAUGAAAAGGAAAAUAGUAGUAGUCCUACAGUACUGCACCCUUCUUCAGUCCAUAAUACCCCAAUCCCCAAUAAGACUAUAUACUUUUCACCUUCGGGACCUUCUAAACAAACCUCCACCCCUGUAUCCGUAUUAAAAGAAGUUCAACUUAAUAACCAGAGAUCCAACAAGAAGCUUUUAAAGUUUGACAAGGCAUUAGUGGUAAAUAAAACCGAUAAUCCAACUUCAUUACAAUCUUCAAAGCCUAAACAUCAACCUACAGCUAAUGAUUCUGACUAUGAUCAUUUGGCAUGUCAUGCUGAUAAUAUUUUAAGAAUGGCUAUUGAUUCUACCUUGCUUGGUUCGACACUUAAUGGAUCAUUUUCUUCAUUAUUUUCAAAUACAUUUGCUAAUGAUUCUGUAUUAGAUGCUAGUACUAAAAAGAGAUACCCUGAUUUCCUUGUAGAUGUUGAUGAUGAAGCUAGUAUUCUUGAAGGGUUAAAGGCUAAAUGGGAUUCUACAACUUUAAUGAAACUGAGAGCUACUAGAAUUGAUAUUAAUGCUGAUGAGUUACGAGCUGCUGUAGAUGGUUAAAUCUAUGUACAUUA